AGCCCGUUUUACCGAUCCAAAAUGUCUCCGAUUAAGGACUUCAUUGUAUCAUACGAAGCUUCCAACGAGAAAGGAUUUAUUUCUCAAGGAGACACUAUCGCAGGCACAGUCACUUUCACUUUGUCUAAAGAAACCGUAUUGAAGGUGCUGGUGGUGAAAGUCAAAGGGAACGCUCGUGUACACUGGACAGAGGGAACCGGAGAUAGACGGAAAUCGCGCACUGCGCACAGGAGAUACCUCAAACUCAAAGAGUACUUAGUGCCAGAAAAUGACAAAGGCACUGCACUCCCAAAAGGGGCCAAUUGCUUUAAGUUCAGGUUCACAAUCCCACAGGAGGACAUGCCGUCAUCCUUUAAGGGGUUUCAUGGAAGAAUUGUCUACAUGCUUGAAGCAAAGAUGUCCAGGAGCUGGCGUCCAUCUUCUGUAGUCCAGCAAGAGCUCAAGUUUAUGUCAAAGUCCUUGUCACACCCUGGCUCUGUAAUGUGUCCCCAGUCUGGUUCAGUGGAAAAAGACAAAGGAAAGGUGCAAAUGUCUGCUACCGUUAACAUGAAGGUUUGCUCUCCAGGUGACACUUUAACUGUUGUUGCCAAAAUCCGCAACUCUUCGUCCAAAAAAUUGAAGCCCAAAGUCAGUUUACAGCAGAGAAUAGUGUACCGCGCCGAAGCCUGCACUGAUGUCAGCGACCUAAGUCUGUACAAAAUGGAGGGGGACACUAUCACAUCGGGCUCAGAGGAAACUUUCUCAUGCCAAGUGAAGAUUCCUGGCGAUGCAAAUUGCACCAUCCAAAACUGUGAAAUCCUCUCAGUUGAGCAUUACGUCAAGGUGUACUUGGACAUCAGCUUUGCCAUUGACCCUGAAGUGAAGUUUCCACUGGUCAUCAUUCAUUCAAGCUUGGCUGCCCUUCAAUCUGGUCAGGCUGUGGGGCCUUACCCGGCUGGGGUUUUUGGGGCCCCAACUUACACCGACUUCCCUCCCCCUGCCUUCCCACCGGGACCCUACCCUGUACUAGCAGGCCCAGGUGCUUAUGGGUACCCAGCACCAGAUCCCAGUCAACAUGCAAACAUGACAAGUGGCUACAAUAACCAGUGGCCACAACCUGCUGCUCCAUAUGGUUUUUCAAAUGCUGCUUCACCUCCGUUUCAGCAGGGUACAGAACCUCCACCCUACAUGUCAAUUUUCUCCCCUCCUCAGGACGACUUAGGUAGGACUGGGUCCGAUUAUAAAAACCAAGCUUCAAAAGGAAAACAACAAAACUAGUACAAAAAGACUAGCUACCUCAGUAAGAGUUGUUCUUUUCUUCAGUGCUGUAUAUGUGAAAAACAAUUUCAUUUGUAAAGAGUGUGUUCUGAUCUACAGCAGAGCCAAAAUAACCUGUUUUGUGUGUUUGUAACUGGGGUGGGGUGCUGCUACCUUUAUCUUUGACUGUCCCUUUCAGAAACCAGACUUAUGUUUAAAUAUCUCAAAUGUACUCCUGCACUAAAUGUCUAGCUAAUAUCAGCAAUAAAGCAUUCUAACUUUAA